AUGGCGCGAGAGGUGGAGUUUGCUGUGUGCGGACCGGCGGGAGAGGAGCUUGGCAGGUUCGUCCUGGAUUCCACAUCUCAGUCUGCAGCUCUGAAGGUGCAGAUCGAGCAGAAGGUGGGUCCUCCGCCUGCAACGCAGCAGAUCGCCAUUGGAGACCGGAUGCUUCAAGACGUGGAUCCUUUGUUGGAGGCUGGUUCGACAGCAGAUUCGGUGCAUGUCACGCUCUUGCUGCAGUUUUGUGAAGGUGAGUCUGAGCUGGAAGCCUGCUGGAGAGAGCCCCCUGGGGCGGGUGGAUUCUUGGAGGAGCUGCAAAUCAUGGAUUCCCACCGCAACGUCGUACUCCCGGAGAGGUUCGUCCACGCCUGUGGCCUCGACCCGGACUCCGGCUUGGUCCUGCUCAUGCGCCAGUGCACGCUAGGCCCAGCCUUUAAGGCCUUUGGAAUUGGAAGGUUUGCCAAGGGUGCUCCCGGCGCCGAGACCGAGACUGCCAAAGACAGAGCAAGCUGCCUUUCCGAAAGCGAGGAGGAGGAGCAGCUUUUCAAGGGCAUGGGCCUCCUGAAGGGCAUGCUGAAAGGCAAGCCAAGGAGGCAGAGCCACCCUGCACCGGGAUCGCUAAUCAUCUUGCCUUCCGAGGGCAAAGCUGUGGAGGUGCGGCUGGAUGUUGAUCACCCUCUGCACUGGCCCGCAGAGAUACUUGUAGCUGAAGCUGUGCAGGGCUUUCCGAUCCCUUCCUUCGGCGUUGCAGUCGCGCGAGUCUUCAUCGGGAGCAAGGUACACCUGAUCUCAAUGGAGCUAUGCCCGGCGGUGAUCAAGUGGCAUCGCCUGUCUGAGUCGGGUACCAGAUGUGAAGCUGCAUGCUUGGACAGGGACAGCCUGCGUACAAUCUUCGUUCAGGCGGGUCCAAAAGCGCGCGACGUAGUCUUCACACAUCUACGGGGGGACAAGGCGUGGGAACGAUUUGAUAAGUUUCCGUUGACGGCAGACCUGUCGGGCAAACCGGUAAGCAGCAUUGCGUGGUCCAGCACUUCUUCUUCUCUUCUGCUUACUUUCGUCGGUGAACACGCGAUUCGGGUGUACCAGAAAGUUGGAUCUGCGUGGCAAGCUGCCAUGACACUUGGAGAUCCGUCACGACGAGGCUGCGCGGAUGGCGACGCUGAUCGGCUUCUGUUUUGGUUUCCGAAGUGCGACAACCUGGAUGGAGAGUUGACAUAUUCCCGCCCGCUUGUUGCAGGUCCGUCCGGAGCAGUUUUCGUGCACUCUGGUGGAGUUCUCAUGCGCUUGUCGGGCGACCUGUCCUCUGCGAUCAAAGUCACAUCAAUGAGGGAAGAGCUGUGGAUGUUGGACGAUGAUGAUGGGCCGGAUGAGUAUCCGUUCCCGGAGCCUCAUAAUGUGCUCGGGGUCUAUAAAGACAUGAUGUACAGGUCUUUGCGUCAGAUAGAUUACAGAGGGUGGCUCAUCCUGCGCCGGCUGCAAGUGUCUCCAGAUCUGCGCCAGGGCCGCAGUCGGAUCCGAAACACUGCUCCGGCAUUGUGGCCCAGCAUCACUGAGAAUCGUAUUGCGGAUGCGGCUUUCGCUCCUCAGAAUAUAUACAGCGAGCAAGCCUUACGGCCGGUUCGCUACUACGAGGAAGACCGCGACAAGUGGGAUGGAAACCCCGCGUGGCUGGGCGACGGCUGGCUCUGGCAGAAGACUGAAAUUCCUGAGGACGUCCGCGUCACCCCUUUGGGACGGCUUAUUGAUUUCGCUCGGUGGCGGCAGCGACAGCAGUGGCAGGAGGAGGUGCUUGGCUUCAAAGGGUACGGGAAAGACACGGGUGGCAAGGGCGGUGACUACCAGGACCCGGCCAAAGAACUCGGAUACAAGACCCGUUUCGAAGGCGAGUGCCGGAAGCUUUCUCCCAGUUCGGUUUAG